CCCCAGCUCCCACCCGGCGCCAUUUUGUGCACUUCUCCACGUUGACCUUUGCAGUCGGUUUAACCGGGACAAAAGAAAAAACCCAACAGUGGGGGGAAAAAAAAAACCAAAAACAAAUCCCCAGGAAUAAGAUGUCUCGGGAUCGCUUCAGGAACCGUACCGGAUUUCAGAGGAGGGGCGGCAUGAGCCCUCCGUUCCGGGGAGGCGGCAGUGGCGGCAACCGCAAUAACGCUCCUAACCGUCCUAACGGAGCGGGAAACCCGACCGACGCCCUCAAACAGCAGCCGGCGGCCUCGGCCGCCAACCAGGUGCCCGCAACGCAGCAGACCCCGCCUCAGAAAUCGCAGGCCUCGCAGAAAUCGGGGGAGCCGGACAAGAAGAACGGCGAGGCGGCGGCCUCUCAGGCGGGCCGGGGCGGCAGCGGCGGCGGCGGCGAGGGCAAGCAGCCACAGCCGCAAGGGGGUGCGGCCGGGGCCUCGGAGGGCUCGGGCGGCCGGGGGCAGCAGCGCGACGCCAAGGAGCUGGAGAGCGAGCAGGCGGUGCUGCGGGCCCAGCUCUCGUUGCUCCGGAAGCCGGGCGAGAAGACCUACACGCAGCGCUGCCGCCUCUUCGUCGGCAACCUGCCGGCCGACAUCACCGAGGACGACUUCAAGCGCCUCUUCGAGAAAUAUGGCGAUCCCGGCGAGGUUUUCAUCAACAAAGGCAAAGGAUUCGGCUUCAUCCGCCUGGAAAGCAGAACUUUGGCUGAAAUAGCCAAAGCUGAACUUGACGAUACACCCAUGAGGGGUCGGCCUCUUCGCAUCCGUUUUGCCACACACUCCGCAGCUCUGACUGUCCGCAAUCUCUCUCCCUAUGUCUCAAAUGAACUGCUUGAGGAAGCCUUUUCUCAGUUUGGUCAGGUGGAGAGGGCCAUUGUGAUAGUAGAUGAUCGUGGCAGAUCAACAGGCAAAGGCAUAGUUGAAUUUGCAACAAAGCCAGCUGCAAGAAAGGCUCUUGAGCGAUGCAACGACGGAGUAUUCCUUUUAACUGCGUCUCCACGGCCUGUAAUUGUGGAGCCAAUGGAACAAUAUGAUGAUGAGGACGGCCUUCCAGAGAAGCUUGCUCAGAGGAAUCCAAUGUAUCAAAAGGAAAGGGAACAUCCUCCUCGUUUUGCCCAGCAUGGAACAUUUGAGUUUGAGUAUUCCCAACGAUGGAAGUCUCUUGAUGAAAUGGAAAAACAACAAAGGGAUCAAGUGGAAAAGAACAUGAGAGAGGCCAGAGAUAAGCUGGAAAAUGAAAUGGAAGAUGCAUAUCAUGAGCACCAAGCAAUGCUGCUGAGGCAGGAUCUUAUGCGACGCCAAGAAGAGCUUCGUCGCAUGGAGGAGCUUCACAGCCAAGAGGUUCAGAAGCGUAAGCAAUUAGAGUUAAGGCAAGAAGAAGAGCGCCGUAGAAGGGAGGAGGAAAUGCUGAUGCGGCAGCGGGAAAAGGAGGAAAUGAUGAGGCGCCAGAGGGAGGAGAACUUCCGAAUGGGAUACAUGGAUCCAAGAGAGCGUGAAAUGCGCAUGGCUGGAGGAAUGGCAGAACAGUAUGCUGCUACAAACCAAAGCUUCCCACCAAUGGCAGCGAUGGGUUAUGAAGGUCACAGUGCAAUGAACAGCCCUGGAGGACCAAGUGCAAUGACUGGACAGAUGAUGGGCAGCAGUGGAAACACCACCGACAUAGCAGGGCGUAAUGACCGCUUUGGACAGGGAGCCCCAGGUCCAAUGAAUGCUCAACCCCCCCGUCCUAUGGGGCCUACUGGGCCUAGUUUUAGUAGAGGGAGAGAAGAAUAUGAAGCAGGCGGCAAGAAGCCUAGAUUUUAGAAUUCAUAGUCCUUUAGUGCAUUCCAGAUAUAGUCUUUCAUUUAGACACGAACUCUUCAUUCUUGCGUUUUUAGUUGGUGGCAAAGUUGCAUUUUAUGCCUAUUUAGAUUUGUGUAUUGACAAAACUUUGUAAACUGUAACAAGUCACGCUGGCACAUUGUGAAUGUUGAAUUAUGUCAAACAACAGUGAUAGUGCAAAUAGGCAUCUUUUCCCAGUACUUCGACUGUACGCUGAAGUGCCAUUAAAUCUUUAGAAAGUAUGCUCCAUGUAUUUUUUGUUCUGAAUUGUUCUAGAAGCAUGUUAAAUUGUGUAGGCUAAAUGCCUGUUUUGAAAUGGUGGCAUUCUGUAUUUUGGUGCGUCUUUUUAAAUUAAAACCCAUUCAUAGUGUU